AUGAUGAAGGCUCUUCUGCUUUUGGGAUUGGUAGCAGUGGCUCUCUGUGAGCCGAACCGCUAUGUUGGGGAUAAAGUUUUCCGUCUGUGGCCUGUGAGUGAUACACAUGUAUCAUUCAUCAAGGAUCUAGCCAGCAACAUGGAGGUCGACUUCUGGAGCCCUGAAAGCGAUGACCUGGUCGCCGUGCAGACCAAAGUCGACAUCCAUAUCCCUGCUUCUCACACUGACAUGGUUUCCGUCAUGCUGCAACAGAGUGGCAUGGACUACCAAGUGCUGAUUGAGGAUGUGCAGACAGCUGUGAGACAACAGUUUGACAACAACAAGCAGACCAAAGCCUACAACUACAUGAAGUACAACACCUGGGCAGAUAUUGAGGCCUGGGUCAGCUCCAUCACCUCGGGCAACCCUGCACUGAUCAGCCAGUCGAUGCUUGGGAAAACUUACGAGGGCCGCACCAUGCACCUACUCAAGAUUGGGAAGAACACUGGAUUCACCAAGCCUGCCAUCUUCAUGGAUUGUGGAAUCCAUGCCCGCGAGUGGAUCAGCCCUGCUUUCUGUCAGUGGUUCGUCCAGACGGCCGUGAGCACGUAUGGAAGUAACCCUCAGAUGACCAGCCUGCUGAAUACGAUGGAUGUCUUUGUGCUGCCUGUGUUUAACGUGGAUGGUUACGAGUUCUCCUGGAAGAGCAACAGGAUGUGGAGGAAGACGCGCUCUCGCAAGAGCGGAUCCAACUGCAUCGGUACCGAUCCCAACAGGAACUUCGACGCUGGAUGGUGCACGGUGGGAGCCUCCAAAAACCCCUGCAGUGAGACUUACUGUGGACCUUCUGUCGAGUCGGAGAUCGAGGUGCAGAACGUGGCAAACUUUAUCCGCAGGAACAAGUCCAUCAUUAAGGCUUAUCUCACCAUCCACUCAUACUCUCAGCUCCUCCUGUUCCCGUACUCCUACACAUACGCACAGGCCAAAGACCAUGUUGAGCUGAUGAGUGUGGCAGUGUCUGCAUCAGAGGCUCUGCGCAGUCAAUAUGGUACUAGCUACACCAGCGGCCCUGGAGCCGCCACCAUCUACCCUGCUGCUGGUGGUUCUGAUGAUUGGGCCUAUGAUCUGGGUGUGAAAUACGCGUUCACGUUCGAGCUCCGUGACACAGGUCGUUAUGGCUUCCUGCUGCCCGAAUCUCAGAUCAAACCCACGUGUGAGGAGACCAUGCUGGGAGUCAUGUCCAUCGCUGCCCACGUGCAGAACAACCUGUAG